AUGAACUAUUGUUUGACCUCAGGUGACCCCAGUCUGAGAGGAGGCAAUGGGAUUCCUCCACGCUGUGUGUUCCUGGAGGAAAUGGCCGCUGAGAUGGACGGUCAAGAUUGGCUGGACAUGGACAACAUUGAGCAGGCACUCUUCAACAGAUUACUGAUGCUGGAGCCAGGAAACCACCUCAUCUACAUGACCUCGUGUAAUGCUGUAAAUCUCUCUGCCGACCGAGACGCUGGGGACAAGUCCGCCAUACCGUUCCUCUACGCCUGCUACCAGAGAGCCAAGGAAGAGGUCACCAAAGUACCGGAGAAGCUGCUGUCGUACGCAGUGCGCUGUAAGAACCUGGCGGUGUCCAACACGCGCACGGUCCUGCUCACCCCCGAGAUCUACAUCAGACAGAACGUGUACGAGCAGCUACUGGAUUUGCUGCUAGAGGGAGUCGGCGGAGCCCAGCUGGACGAGGUGGUGGAGUUCAUGGAGGAGGUGAUCGCUGGCCUGUUGGCUGACCAGGAGGUGCGCACCUUCAGCGAGGUGAUCGGGCCCGUGCUCGAUAUCUUCCAAGGCCGUGUGAAAGACUUGGAUCUCUGCCAGCGGCUGCUCUUCUCCUACCUGGACCUGCUCCUCUACUUCAGCCGCCAAAAAGAUAUCGCUACGGUCAGGGGCCGUAAUGCAUCGUCACCAUUCCUCUGGACUGUUUUAUACAACCAUGAUUAUUACUUGAUUAUAUUCUGUACUAUUCUAUUGUAUUCUAUUCAUAACAAGAUUAUUAUUAUUUUUACAACUGCAUUCAUAUGUCUGAGAUAGACAACCUUGAUCUCAAAAGUAGUUUACUCUUUGUUA